AGUCCAUGCCGACGUUGCCCGUCAUGAUGUCUUUGCUAGCCUCGUUCAUCUCCGCCAUCACGGUGUUGGCAGCCCCGGCAGAGGUGUACAGAAACGGCACCAUGUACUGGAACUUCGCGGUGUCGGGGUCCUUAAGUAUGGUGUUGGUAGCGAGACUAUUCGUGCCGACUUUCUACAACCUGGGGCUGACAAGCACGUAUGAGUACCUGGAAAUCCGGUUCUCCAAGGCUGUCCGUUUACUCUGCACCGUCCUCUUCGUCAUCAACAUGCUAGUGUACAUGGGACUUGUUCUGUACACGCCGUCCCUGGCUCUUAAUGCAGUAACUGGCCUGACGCUCUGGGGAGCCGUGCUAGGAAUGGGCCUGGUCUGCACGUUCUAUACCGCCUUGGGCGGUAUGAAGGCUGUGAUGUGGACAGACACGUUCCAGGUAGUUGUGAUGGUGGCGGGGUUCCUGGCCGUCAUCAUCCAGGGGACUAUAGAGGCAGGGGGACCUGGUCGGGUCUGGGAAAUCAACCGUCGGAGAGACAGACUGGAGUUCUUCAAUUUUGACCCAGACCCGACUGUCCGCCACACGACGUGGAACAUCCUGGUGGGAGGGGCGUUCUUCAGGUGCGCCAUGUACGCCGUGAACCAGGCUCAGGUGCAGAGGUACCUGUGCUGCCCGUCCAUCAAAAAGGCACAACUAGCCCUCUACUGGAACAUGCCGGGACUGAUAGUCUUCAUCUUCUUCGCCGUUCUGAGUGGGAUGGUGAUGUACGCACGGUACUAUGACUGCGACCCGAAGACUAUGGGAUACAUUAGCAGCUCAGAUCAGAUGAUGCCGUACUUUGUGAUGGACAUCCUGAGCCAGUUCCCCGGCAUGCCUGGUCUCUUCACGGCCUGUGUGUUCAGCGCGGCUCUCAGCACGAUGGACUCGGGACUAAACGCGCUGGCCGCCGUGGCACUGGAGGACUUCGUCAAGCCCUGCUUUCCUAACCUCAGCGACGAGAAAUACACGUGGAUUUCCAAGGCUCUAGCCAUGGUUUUUGGCCUGCUGACGAUCCUGAUGGCGUUUAUCGCCUCCAACAUGGGCCCGGUGUUCUCAGCAGUCAUCAGUCUGUUCGGGAUGAUCGGAGGACCGAUUCUUGGGAUCUUCGUGCUCGGGAUGAUGUUUCCGUGUGCCAACAAAUGGGGAGGUCUGGUAGGCCUUUUGUUCAGCCUUGUCAUCACCCUGUGGAUCGGAAUGGGUCAGAUCGUGUGGCCGAUGUCCAGGCAGGCACCGCCGAUCUCCAUCGAAGGAUGUCCCGCUGAUCUGCCCGCUAACGUCACGGCAAACUUCACCGGCAGCCCCGCCACGCUCACGACCACGGCUCGGUACAACAUCACCACUCCGGCUGGAGAUGCAGUCAAUCAGUACCCCCCUGAAGCAGCGCUGUACGAACUGUCGUACAUCUACCUCGGAGCGGUGGCCACGCUCAGCUGUGUCAUUGUGGGACUCUUAGUGAGCUUCGUAACUGGCUCACAGGAUCCGAAGAAAGUGGACCCUAAACUGAUCGUGCCGUUCUACGAUAGCGUGUUCUGCUGCCUGCCGAACCGCUGGCUGAAGUGGCUGCGAUGCGGAGUCAGGCAUGGGGAACCCGAGGGGGACAAGGCCGGUCUCGACGUCGAGCUGUCGCCUGUAACCAGCGGGCUUCCACCUACUGACCAAGGGACCAGGUUGUAAAACAGUCUGGGGACAACCACAGACCAUUUAUGGUUAAAAACAUCUUCAGGAACCGAGUAAAGAAGACUGACUCUUUUUACACAACCAAGUCUUUUAUUCAGCCG